AUGGUGGGAGGGUGCACCCAGGCACCGAAGAGGCUGAAGACCCCUCCAAAACCAGCCAGUGCCCAGUCCCCACUGGGGGCGACACCAGUCCAGGGCCCGGGGGUUCCCCCUGGCCCGACAGCAUCCCUCAAGCCGGCCUCCCUCCCACGCGCUCCGCCGUCACGGGUGUCCCCGUCCCCUCAGGGCCACACUCAGGACACGAACUCCUUCUUCAUGUGCCGGCGGCUGCGGGCCCUGGGCGUGAAGGUGGCCCGGAUCUCGGUGGUUCCCGACGAGGUGGACGCCAUCGCCGGCGAGGUGGCCGCCUUCGCCUCCCGCUUCACCUACGUGCUGACCUCGGGGGGCAUCGGCCCCACGCACGACGAUGUCACCUUCGAGGCCGUGGCCAUGGCCCUCGGGGAGAAGGUGGCCCCUCACCCCGAGCUGGUGGCCCUGGUGCACAAGUUCUUUGGCAAGACAGAGGUGCAGUGCCCCGAGAUGAAGCUGGCUCGUGUCCCCGAGUCCUCCUGCCUCAACUACGGCACGGACAUGCGCACGGGCGGCACCUUCAAGUACCCACUGGUCAGUGUGCGGAACGUCUACAUCUUCCCCGGUAUCCCGGCGCUGAUGGAACGUGCCCUGGACGGCCUUUCCCACCUCUUCCGCAGCGAACAGACUCGCUUCCACUCCCGCACCAUCUACGUGGCGGCUGAUGAGAUCCUUAUCACGCCUGUGCUGGACCAGGCUGACGCCACCUUCCAGGGCCGCGUCAGUUUGGGUUCCUACCCGGACUGGGCCAACAACUAUUACCGUGUGAAGCUGACACUGGAUUCGGAGUCGGAGCAGGACCUGGAGGAAGCGUAUCGCUUCUUGAUGGAAAAGCUGCCGCCGGGCGUUGUGGUGCCGUUGGUGACGGACUGCAUCUCACCAGCAGCCGCGGAGGUUUAUGGCCUGGCUAAGUCAGGUACAGGGAAGUGCUGCUGCGGCACGGCUUGGUGCCUCCGUGCUGCUCCUGCGCAGACCCAGCAGGGCCAGGGCAGUGGGAAGACUGACGACUGGACCUACCGGGACAUCUGGGAGUUUCUGCGCAAGCUCUUCGUCCCCUACUGCAUCCUCUAUGACAAGGGCUACACCUCCCUGGGGAGCAUGGCCAACACGCUGAAGAACCCAGCGCUGCGCUACACAGACACUCGGGGCCGGGAGAGCUACCGGCCUGCCUACGAGCUGGAAAAUGAGGAAGACGAACGCACCUCCCGCCAGUGA